UUCAACCGAAGCGCAAACGAGACGAGAUCAUAUAUAAGCAGAAGACGGUAACUGUACCAAUUUGUAACCGGAGGUAAUCAGCACCGAGUCCUCUCUUUCUGGUCGCGACUACGCUUCUCUUCUUCCUCCUCGCUCUUCUCCCAUUUCCUUAUAACUCAACAACAAGAGGCAUUUGAAAAGAGCUUCUAGAUCUCGAUCUCGAACGCCAUGGCGUUUUUGAGAUCUCUCGCGUUCUCUGCAGUUCUUCUGCUUCUCAUCCAUGCCGCUCACUGUUUCUACCUACCUGGCGUCGCUCCGCAGGAUUUCCAAAAGUACUUAACUGACUUUUUUAAUAUUUCUUUGGUGCAGGGAGAUCCAUUGCAAGUAAAAGUAAACAAAUUAACAUCAACAAAGACUCAGCUUCCAUACUCAUAUUAUUCACUUCCUUAUUGUCCCCCCCAAAAAAUACAGGAUAGUGCAGAAAAUCUUGGGGAGGUGCUUCGUGGUGACCGCAUUGAAAAUUCUCUAUAUGUGUUUAAAAUGCGCGAGCCACAAAUGUGCAAUGUUGUGUGUAAUCUUAAACUUAAUGCUAAAACUGCUAAGCAGUUCAAAGAGAAAAUCAAUGAUGAGUAUCGGGUGAACAUGAUCCUAGACAACCUUCCUCUAGUUGUUCCCAUAAAACGGAAUGAUCAGGAUUCUAAUGUUUAUCAGCUUGGUUUCCAUGUUGGACUCAAAGGGCAGUAUAGCGGGAGCAAGGAGGAGAAAUAUUUUAUUCACAACCAUUUGGCGUUUAUUGUCAAGUAUCAUAAAGAUAUACAAACUGAAUCUGCUAGAAUCGUGGGCUUUGAGGUUAAGCCACUCAGUGUUAAACAUGAAUAUGAAGGUAAAUGGGAUGAAAAAAAGACUCGUUUGACAACCUGUGACCCUCAUGCUAAACACACAGUUGUCAACUCCAACAAUCCCCAAGAGGUUGAAGAGAACAAGGAAAUUAUAUUCACAUAUGAUGUUGAAUUCCAGGAGAGUGAUGUGAAGUGGGCUUCAAGAUGGGAUGCCUAUUUGCUAAUGAAUGAUGACCAAAUCCACUGGUUCUCAAUUGUUAACUCAUUAAUGAUUGUUCUCUUCCUUUCGGGCAUGUUGGCAAUGAUAAUGCUGCGAACUCUGUACCGUGACAUUGCAAAGUACAAUGAGCUUGAGACCCAGGAAGAAGCCCAAGAAGAGACUGGUUGGAAGCUUGUGCAUGGGGAUGUAUUUAGGCCCCCUAACAACUCUGAUUUGCUCUGUGUUUAUGUUGGAACUGGUGUUCAGUUCUUUGGCAUGGCACUAGUAACUAUGAUGUUUGCAAUCCUUGGGUUCCUUUCUCCUUCAAACCGAGGUGGGUUAAUGACGGUCAUGCUCAUGCUUUGGGUUUUCAUGGGAAUUUUUGCUGGUUAUUCCUCAACUCGCUUGUACAAAAUGUUCAAAGGAUCCGAGUGGAAAAAAAUUGCCCUCAGAACUUCAAUCGUGUUCCCUGCAGUUGUCUCCGCCAUUUUCUUUGUAUUAAAUGCUCUCAUCUGGGGCCAAAAAUCAUCUGGAGCUGUGCCAUUUGGUACAAUGUUUGCUCUUAUCUUUUUAUGGUUUGGGAUCUCAGUUCCACUUGUUUUUUUGGGUAGCUAUGUUGGAUUCAAGAAGCCUGCUAUUGAGAAUCCUGUGAAGACAAACAAAAUCCCAAGGCAGAUCCCUGAGCAGGCCUGGUACAUGAAUCCGGUCUUCUCAGUUCUGAUUGGAGGAAUACUCCCAUUUGGAGCUGUUUUUAUUGAGCUUUUCUUCAUCCUCACCUCAAUCUGGUUGAAUCAGUUUUACUACAUCUUUGGAUUCCUCUUUUUGGUCUUCAUCAUCCUCAUCAUCACUUGUGCUGAAAUAACCAUUGUGCUCUGCUACUUCCAGUUGUGCAGUGAAGAUUACUUGUGGUGGUGGCGAUCAUACCUCACGGCUGGUUCUUCUGCACUUUACCUCUUUCUUUAUGCAACAUUCUACUUCUUCACCAAGCUUGAAAUCACAAAGUUGGUAUCUGCGAUAUUAUACUUUGGGUACAUGCUUAUAGCUUCUUAUGCCUUUUUUGUGGUAACCGGUACUAUCGGAUUUUAUGCAUGCUUUUGGUUCACAAGGCUCAUCUACUCCUCAGUCAAAAUUGAUUAGUGAUAGCAUCCAUAUAUUCGGUUAGUCUGCUAUACUUCUUAAAGGAUGAAGAAAGUUUAUGUAAGGAUUUUGAAAUUCAGGUACUAUCAUGUUCAGAUGUAACCUAUUUUAUACAAUUUUGAAUUAUGACGACAGUGAUUCUUUUGUUUCAGUAUCAUUUUAAUUGCCUUCGUCGAAGUAGGAUCCUCGUCAAAUACAGGUUUUAGGGUGGUUUUGCUCUGUUAAAUUAGCCAUUUUCUGCGGCAGAUGUUCUUAUAUCAUUAAAAUAGUAUGUGUCAACAGAAAUGUAAUCUCAUCACAUUAGAGCAGCUCGCAAUCUUGAGUUUGAAUGCCCGAAUAUAUU